GGUGGAGAGGAGGAGACGCAAGGAGCUAGAGCAAAAGCUGCAGAAUGAGGAGCUGAUGGUGCAGGCGGAGGAGAGGAGGAGGAGGGAGGCUGAGAGGAGGAAGAGGGAGGAGGAGGAGGAGGCGUCCAUAGCACUCAGGAGGCAGCAUGAGAGACAGAGAUACACACACACACACCAGGUCCAGAGAGCUCCAUCGCCCCCCAUCCCAGCACUGCAGAGAACACACACACACCACUACAGCCACAGACCACCGACCGAGGACUGUUCUAUUCCUGGUCUGCAGUCGCCUCCGGUACCAGCCUGCAGAACCCAAAUGAGAGCUGCAGACCCCAGGCAGAGCAUCCUGUCUGAGUUGUGUGUAUUGCGGAGGAGGCUCCGCUCAGAGCAGCAGAAGCUGGAGGGGCAGCUACUACAGGAACCCGACUCACCACCACACGACAGGCACAAGGCAGACGUGUUUGACAUGGCCAGACUGCGCAUGCAGGCAUCCGUCAGAAGACCUUUUCCCAGAAGCUGUGAGCCAUACAAGGACAGAGAUGCUGAUACUACAGGAGAUCUAGACUACCAGGCAGCACAUAGACAGCAGCUACGAACAAGCAGCCCAAGAGCCACUGACGAUUUCCUUGGCCUGUCUCCACCUCUGCCCCCCACAUCACAGCAGCCAAGACGGAGUGGAACGGAAGAUUGUAUGGGGGGUUCAUUAUUAGAGUCUGAGAGCGCUUUCAUAGUUCAUAGUGGGAUGCUUCCGGUGCCCCCAGAGGAGAUGAGAGGGGCUCCCCUUUCAGCAAGAGAACGACGUAGACUAAAGAAUCAACAAAGCAACUCUCUGCUGUCUCCAGGUGACUGCUGCAUUGGUGAGGACGCGGCAGCCAGACUGGACUCACGGGAAUGUGUUGCUCAGCAGCCAUGGUUACACACAGAGUCCGCAGCCAAUCAGAGAAGCCGGCAGAAGGAAUGGAAGCAGGCAUAUGGUUAAACACACACACACACACAUUGAGGCAGACAUGCUGACGUUCACACACUAAUACAUGAAGCAGAAACACACACACACACACGCAUUAGCAGACAUACCAGCUGUUUUCAGACAUGCACUGAACUCAAACGCGUGGGCUGUACAUGUGAAGCAUUCAAGUUAUUUGCCCCAGAUACUACCCCCCAGAAUUAGGUCUGCGUCUGACAUCACCCGCAUCUGAAAUCACACGCAUCUGACAUCACCCACGUCUGACAUCACACGCAUUUGACAUCACACGCCAGUGUUUUUCAUACGUUGACUAAUCUGUGGCGGGGCGCCAUGAAAUCAAAACCGGCCGCCACA